AUGAGACAGAGUCUUGAUUGUCCUAUAGGACAGAGUCUGACGAGGGCGAGAGGAGGAGGGGGAGCUGGUAGUCCUGGUGUGAUCUGUGGAACUCGAGAAGAGACUAGAGGAGAGUGCUCAGCUGGCGUCACUGGCCGACGUGUUUAGCAGGCUAAAAGACGGCACAAUAAAGUCAGAUACCAUACUCGCUGGUGUACGUACAUGUACCACACGCAGUGUCUCGCAGCUAAACUAGCGUGGGCAGGUGCAAACUACUGUGGGUAUCGUUAGUGCUAACCCGUAUUGUCCACUGGAGGUGUUCUUCAGCAAGGAGUAUGCAGCAGUACAGAGGAUACGGGGCCAUGGAAGAGGCCGUGACAGGCUUUAGAUCACUGACAAGACCAGAUGCAGUGGUUGUGUGUGCAUGGGGAGAUAAAGGAGCUGCAGCUACUGACUCCACUGGAAAGACCUACACCAGUCCAGCUAGGCCACCCCCCCAGCUGGUGGACACUCUAGGAGCGGGCGACACGUUCAACGCUGGCUUCAUUUACAAGUUCUCCUCCAAUCACUCGGUUCCUGCGGCCCUCACCUUUGCCUGUCAGCUGGCCGGAGCCAAGUGUGGCACGUCAGGAUUCGACAGUUUAGCCACUUUCCAGACAAUGUAGAUUACUAUAGCUGUGGGGUGGACAAUUGCAAAUCCGACCAAAAGCUGCUGAGUUUCGCAGAAUUUAACACUGCCACUUACACAUUUUAGUGAAAUUAGACCCUAUAGCCAAGCAGCAAGUAAUUAACUUGUGGUAAAAAUUACAAUUAUUGAUGUGUCAUGUACUGUAAUUAUUAUACUCAAGUCUCUUUCUGGGAAAUAUUCAAUAAUGCACACACAUUGCAGGGAAAUCAUAGAAGUAAAAAGUGAUUUCAAACACACACUUAAAAUUAUGAUUUAACAUGUGACAGAGUGAGAGGUGG